AUGACUGGCACGGGGUUGAAGAAGACAGGAGAAGCACAGAUGGCUGAGCGUCGCAUCUGGGCGGCGCGGUCGCCCCGGGCAGGCCGCGGUGGAGGAGAGCGCGAAGCAGUGUCCACACGUGAACUCGGGCCGGUGUCACGGCUGGGGGACUCAGCUGAUAGAAGCCGAUGGGUGGCCCCUGGGCGCGGGGGUCUCCGGGCACUUGCCCGGGCACCGGCACACUCAAGCUCUCGUUAUCCUGUAUGUUCCUUGCAGACACAGAAUGUCCAGCUUAACAAAGAGAUGACGCUCGCCAGCAACCGGAGCCUGGCAGAGGGGAACCUCCGGUACCAGCCGCAGCUGGACGCUCUGAAGGCGCGUCUGACCCAGAAGUACCAGGAGCUGCAGGUGCUCUUCGAAGCCUGUCAGCUAAAGACGACCAAAUUAGAUAAGCAGUCCAGCAACGCGUCCUUGGAGACCCUGUUAGCACUUCUUCAGGCAGAAGGAGCCAAGAUUGAAGAAGACACAGAGAACAUGGCGGAGAAGUUUCUCGAGGGGCAGCUUCCGUUAGACUCCUUCAUCGACGUGUAUCAGAGCCAGCGGACACUGGCCCACAUGCGAAGGGUCAAGAUCGAGAAGCUGCAGGAGAUGGUGCUGAAGGGGCAGAGACUCCCGCAGGCCCCAGGCCCGCUGCCGCCCAGGGUGGCCGAGCCGCUGCCCGCCGCCCCGCUGCCCUACCCCGCCCCAGAGGCCAGUGGGCCGCCCUCGGUCGCGCCUCGGCGCAUCCCGCCUCCAGUGCCUGCAGGACGCUUAGCCACGCCGUUCACCUCCCCGUACCCGCGACCACCGUGCCCUCCGCUGCCGCCCCACGCGGGCCUCUCCCCCCAGCAGGGCUUCUCCGCGCAGUUGGUGUCGCCGUACCCGCCAGCCCUGCCCCAGAGGCCCCCGCCGCGGCUGCCUCACCAGCCCGGCUUCAUCCUGCAGUGAGCCACCCUCGUCCGUGCUGGGACACUCCGUCUGCCUGCCACCAGCCGGGCUCACGUGGGCGCGGGACACCGCGAGGCCCAGGCGUGCCCACUGCUCGCGCUGUCAGCAGCGAGUAGGCGCAGGGCCCUGGCACCCCGUGCCGGCGUGCAUCCUCCGUGUGGUUUCUGUCUUGUCAUGUUGGUGACGCAUGAGUUCGGGGGGAAAGCCUCGCCCAUCCUCAGUCAGAGCGCAGUCCCCCCUCAGCCGUAUUUAAUGAGCAUGGCUCGUUUCUUUCAAGACAGUUGUGUGUCCUGCCCGCUGUCCACCACAGCCCCUGGUAAGGGUCGCCGGUGGGCCAGCCCGAAGGUGCUUACCUAGUCCCAUAGUCCCUUGCCCCUCCCCCAGACCUGGGUCCUUCGAAGCCACACGCAGGGUUUGCACUGGGCCCACUGCCACUCCCGGGGACCGGGCCCGCGGGCGGUGCGAGCUGGACUUUGCACAGCGACCACAGCCUGGCCUUCCUGUUUCUUGCCCCAGCAGCCUCGAGGGUUUCUAUGAAGAAAUACCCUGAUAUUUUUACUACGUAAUUUUCCUGUUUUAUAUUGGGGAACAGAACUUUUUGACCUAAGCACAUUCAGGGACCCUUUAUAAACGCACAUACAUUUUGAGUGGAUCGAAACGCAGCCGACGUGAACGCACCAGUGGUGCACAGACCCACCUGCAACCUGCAGGCCGUGUGUGCCUUAGCCUCGUCCGGUGCCGGCCAGGGCUCCCCUGCAGGCCCCCAGGCCAUGGGACGGCCACCACCAGCUGCUGCUGCCCCAGCGUCUGUCCCAUGUCCCGGACGGGCUUGUCUGUGCUCCUUGUGUUGCAGGUGCGAGAACAGCCCGCCCGCCGCAAACCGGGCCCCUCUUAGCUGAUGCUCUGCCUCUGGCUGGGCCUUGGGGUCCGGGCGGUGGGACAGGGACUCCAGUAGUGGUUCAGCUAGGUUGGAGGGCGCUCGCCCCACGGGACUAGAGGGGACCAGCAAACCAGGAUGUUCUUUCUGCCCUCUGGGUUCUUAUCUACAGGUGCCGUGAGUACUAAAGUCCUGAGGGUGUCACCACCACCUGUUAACAAGGCCCGUGUGCUUGAUUGUGGAGCACCUGGCCCGUUGCCAUGGUGACGGAAUCAGGGCAGGGCUCAACCUUUGUACUCAGUCCAUACACUUCUCCUGGACUUGAAUUCGACUGUCAUGAUCAUUUUUAAAGAACACAAAGCUGUAUAGGAUGAUUUACUGCCACGCCAAUCAGGUGGGCCUGCCUAUGAAUCUUGGGAACAGUGCCACCCACGCCAAUACCUCUGUCACCCACGUGGGCCGCAGCCAAACGUGUGAGCUCAGCGCUGAGUGAACAGGCUCCCAGGUGGCCUCACCAUCUCUCCCGGGUUACGUCUGAGCUGUGGUUGUAAAGUUGUAGGACCCUUUUCAAUAGAUAGAAUUAUUAACA